AGUCAAUCGGCCCCUCCCCCAACUGCUUCAUGAAAAAUACUUCCCUGGAGAAAAGUGGAGAACACUGUUUCUUUCACAGGCAAAGCAUUUACCAGCUAUCUCAGGUUGGAAAUGGGGGGUGUGUUCUAGUCCUAUCUGAUGGGGCAGUUAUCUUCUGUCAAUUGGGCAGUUGUCUUUAUCUCUUCCACAACCCAUCUUCCCUGCUGGGAGAUAUCUUCUGUUAAUGAGCCAUGGAGUGCCACUGCAUGACUGAUAAAAGCCCAUUAUCCCAUUGUGAGAAGCUCCGCCCAGGGGGAGGAGCCAAGCUUUCCUACCUGGAUAUAACCAGAGGCUGGAAGACCAGAGUCAGCCUUUUCCACUGGAUUCCCAGAGGAAGACCAGGCCCAACACCACCACCACUGGAUCUUCAGAGGAAAACUCCACCCUUCUACAGGAACACUGCUUCAACAGAACCACACCUGGCACUGCACGAGGACUGAAGCCACCAUUUAUAGGGACUGCUGCCACCACCGUGACCCACAGGUAGUAUUCUGGACCUGUCAGUGGUUUUGAUUUUACUAUUGUAUUUAUGUUUUAAUUUUUCUCCUGAAUAACUAUUAUUCCUAUUCCCCUAUCUUUGCUUGUGACACCCUUAAUUUUAAAAAUUAUACUAAUUUAGAAGGAGGGGGUUUAUAUUUUCCAUUUCUAGGGAGGUUCCUGCCUUCCUCAGCCGGCACCUGUCUUUUCAAAUGGAGACAAUGCCCCAGGACAGCCAGGCAGGCAGGGAGCUGAGGAUGGAGAGCAGGGAGGACAAAUCCCCGCAGCAGCACCUUGUGGAAGAGGCUGUUUUGAGUGGCUCCACGGCACAAGAAUCCAACAGGGAGGGAAAGCCCCGGAGAUCUCACAGGAGGAGGCACUCCAAGCCCAGCCCAGGGUGCUCUGAGGAGGAAAGACCCAACCUGUGCCAGCAAGGUGAACAGAGCUUCAGUCAGAGCUCAGAGCUGGUGGUGCAUGAGCAGCCUCACGAUAAGAAGAAGCCCUACAAGUGCUUGAAGUGUGGGAAGAGCUUCAGGCAGAGCAAUCACCUGCUCCGCCACCAGAUGAUCCACACUGGGGAAUGGCCCUACAAGUGUGGGGAAUGUGGGAAGGGCUUCAGCUGCAGCUCCGACCUGACUGUGCACCAGAGGAUCCACACUGGGGAGAGACCCUAUGAGUGUUCUGAGUGUCACAAGAGGUUUCGGAUAAGCUUCCAUCUCCUUCUGCAUGAGCGCAUUCACACAGAGGAGAGGCCUUUUCACUGCCCUGACUGCGGAAAGGGCUUCAAGCAAAACUCUCACCUCGUCACCCACCGGCGCACACACACUGGGGAGAGGCCCUAUGAGUGUUCUGAGUGUGGGAAGAGGUUUCAGACCAGCUCCCAUCUCCUUCUGCAUGAGCGCAUUCACACAGAGGAGAGACCCUUCCACUGCCCUGACUGCGGAAAAGGCUUCAAGCAAAACUCCCACCUCGUCACCCACCGGCGCACACACACUGGGGAGAGGCCCUAUGAGUGUUCUCAGUGUGGACAGAGCUUCAGCCAGAGCUCAGAGCUGAUGGUCCAUGAGCAGCUUCAUGAUGGGGAGAAACCCUACAAGUGCUUGGAGUGUGGGAAGAGCUUCAGGCAGAGCUGCCACCUGAUCUGCCACCAGAGGAUCCACACCGGGGAAUGGCCCUACGAGUGUGGGGAGUGUGGGAAGGGGUUCAGCUACAGAUCCACCCUUGUGACCCACCAACGCAUCCACACCGGGGACAGGCCCUAUGAAUGCCUUGAGUGUCAGCAGAGAUUUCAGACCCGCUCCACUCUCCUCAGGCACCAGAGGAUUCACAGCGAGGAGAGGUCCUUCCUCUGCCCCGACUGCGGGAAGGGCUUCAAGCAAAACUCCCACCUUGUCACCCACCAGCGCAUCCACACUGAUGAGAGGCCCUUCCUCUGCCCCGACUGUGGGAAGGGCUUCAAGCGCAAUUCCCAACUCGUCACCCACCAGCGCAUCCACACUGGGGAGAGGCCCUACGAGUGCCACACCUGUCAGAAGAGGUUUCACAGCAGCUGCAAUCUCCUCCUGCAUGAGCGGAUUCACAGCGAGGAGAGGCCCUUCCGCUGCCCCAACUGCGGGCAGGGCUUCAAGCACAACUCCACUCUCGUCACCCACCGGCGCAUUCACACUGGGGAGAGGCCCUACCAGUGUCCCCAGUGUGGGAAGAGCUUCACCAGCAGCUCUAACUUGACCCAACACCAAUGGAGUCACCGUUAA